UCCUACACAGCUCUACAGCAGAGCCAUUCAUAUGACAGCCUUCUUUCCUCUGGACUUACGUCAGUUUUAAGGAUGUUAAACUUCGAAUACAGAGCAGAAAUCUCGCAUAUUUCACUUCUUAAGACAUUGACUACCUGCACAGAGAGGUAAAUGGAUGAACACAACCAAUGGCUUCUUUAGGAUUGAUGAGCCUCAGGUUCCUUGUGCUCUCUUUGAUUUUCUGCACAUUAUCUGUAUAUGGGGUGAAAUGCACAAAUCUGUUAGAAGAUCUGGCUUCUUCCACCAAUGACUGCUUGAACAUCUCCAUUCCUCUAAACAGAGCCAGCUCUCAGCUAUUCUUUUCCAAGUCUGUGUAUUCUUUUGAAGUGAAAGAAGAUACACAGCCAGGAACAAUUGUGGGACAUCUGGAAGCAGUGCAUAAUGAAGGACACAGGAGCUUAAUGUAUUCUGUGCUGGAGGAUGACGGAGAUGGCCUUUUCCUUCUCAACCCACAUUCUGGAGAGUUCCUUUUAUCCCGCCUGCUGGAUUUUGAGGCAGAGCAAUUCUACAUCCUAACAGCAGCAGCGCAGUACAGAGAUAGACAGCUUACUAGGGUCAGGGUGUAUUUCAAUGUGGCUGACGUCAAUGAUAACCCACCAGAAUUUAAACUGAAUGUCUACUCUGUCUCCUUGCAAGAAGAUGCACGUAUUGGCCUGUGUUUCUUCAACCUGAAUGUCUCAGACGCUGAUGAUGGAAUAAAUGGAGAAUUGGAUGUAGCCAUAAUAUCAGGAGACAAUCAAAACAUGUUUUCACUUAAUCAAAUGGAUAAUCUGUGUCUAAAAGAAGAGCUGGACAGAGAGAAAUGUGCAACAUACAGUCUUAUAAUUCAGGCCAAUGAUCGCUCGCUACCUGAAGACACACGACUCACAAGCACUGUGCGUGUUUCUGUUUAUGUUGAGGACAUUAAUGACAAUGCUCCAAUCUUUAUAUCGGACAAUACUGUUUCCUGUUCAGAGGAUAUCCUUCUUCAGUCCAUUGUAACCAUUAUCAAAGCAGUUGAUGCAGACUCUGGAGCCAAUGGGGAUGUUCUCUACAGCCUAGAGAAUUUAGGAACGGGAUCAUUCAGCAUCAGUCGCACAACUGGAGUCAUAUAUCUGCAGAAACAAUUGGACAGGGAGCUUGAAGAGGUAAUUACAGUAACUGUAGCAGUCAGAGAUAAAGGAUUUCCUCAGUUGUCCAGCUCCAUGAACCUGACAGUGCUAGUUGAGGAUGUCAAUGACCAUGACCCAGUGUUCUCACAGGCCUCAUAUAGUACACUUAUAUAUGAAGACACUCCUUGUGGAGCAAGCCUGCUAACCAUUCAAGCAAAUGAUAAUGACACUGGAAAAAAUGGUGAAGUGCGGUAUGAGAUUUCUGAGAGUGGCUUUGUAGUGGACUCAGUCCUGGGAAUUGUCUCAGUAGUACAACAAUUGGACAGAGAAAGGAGUUCUUUCUAUUCUUUCAUUGUUACAGCAGUGGAUAAGGGGGAUAUUAUAAGAUCUUCAACAGCCACCAUCAAUAUCACACUACUGGAUGUAAAUGACUGUGUUCCUGAAUUCUCCAAAGAUUUGCUCAAUUUACAUGUAUUGGAAAAUGAGGACGAGCCUUCACAGACCACUUAUCAGAUAACUGCAUUUGAUGAAGACCUGGGAGUAAACAGCCAUUUAACAUACUUUAUAGAGAAUGGAAACUCAGAGGAGUUGUUCAUAUUAUAUCCAAAUGGAACAUUCCAGAUAUUACAAAAUCUUGACAGGGAGGUCCAAGGUCACCACAAAAUAACUGUUAUCGCUGUCGACUCAGGUUUCCCACCACUGACAGGAACAGGAACUAUACAUGUUCUUGUUGAAGAUGUCAAUGACAAUGAACCUCUUUUUGAUGGUUAUGAAUUUAAUACAUUUAUAUCAGAAGAUGACCCAACUGGAACGAUAUUUGCAACAAUUACAGCCACAGACAAAGAUAUUGGCAUAAAUGGGGAAAUAUGGUAUUCUUUAAAAGAAUCCAGUGCACCGUUUUCCAUAAAUGAAACAAGUGGAGAGCUAUUCAACACUGGUGCCCUGGACAGAGAAACAAUUGCCUCAUACAAUUUGACUGUAGUUGCCCAUGAUAGGAACUCAAGGAAUUCUCUCUCAAGUUCAGCUAGUGUACACAUUAUUGUAGUGGAUGUGAAUGAUAACUCACCCCAGCUACUCUAUGGACCAUAUGUGGCCAAUAUUCCUGCAGAGCUGGCCAAAGGAUCAGUUGUGUGUGCAGUGAUAGCCAAAGAUGCAGACGAAGGAAAGAAUGGACAGCUGAAUUUCUCUCUAUAUGGACAACAUGCCCAUCUCUUCACUGUCAGUUCUGACAGGGGAACUGUGUACACUGUAGAUGCCCUCAAAAGAACAAGAGACAUUACAGUGAAUAUUCGUGUGCAGGAUAGAGGCACCAGUCCUAAAAUGGACACCACUACCUUGACUGUGCGAUUUCAAAAUGCUUCAGAUUUUCCCCAUCUUGUAGUGCAUGUCAAUCAGCCUGUGCUCUCUGAGGACACACUUCCUGGAACCAUGGUGGCAGUAGUUACUGCAGACACAAAUAGAUUUGGACCUAUUUUUUUUUACUUAGCAAAUGGAAACAUUGGAGAGGUAUUUGAGCUCCAUGAGAAGACUGGUGAGAUGAAGGUGAAAAGGUCUUUGGAUUUUGAAAGCAACAAAGAUUUUCAUCUUUUAGUUGAGGCUAGAGACUCAGGUGUCCCGCCAUUUUCCACUUAUACUGAAAUUCAUUUGAAUAUCAGUGAUGUAAAUGAUAACCCACCUGUCUUCAUGAUGGAAGACUAUAGGUGUGAGGUGUUUGAAAACUUACCUGUGGGUUGGGUAUGUGAUGUGGUAGCUAUUGAUGCUGACUCUCAUGCAAAUGGACAAGUACAGUAUUCCAUUUUGUCUGGAAACAUUAACGGUGCAUUUUCAAUAGAUGAAACUCAUGGCGUUCUUAGAACAGAAAGGAGUUUAGACAGAGAGGACAUACCAGAGUACAAAAUCAUUAUUAAAGCUGUGGAUAAAGAUGACAGUAGGUACACCGCUACUGCAUUAGUAAAUAUAGUUGUACUGGACACAAAUGACCAUGCACCUCGUUUUUCUGAGAUCUUCUUUAUAGAGGUUCCUGAGGAUGCACUAGUUGGCUUUCCAGUGAUUCACAUAACAGCCAUUGAUGAAGAUAUUGGUGUUAAUGCUAUCAUUUCUUAUUCUAUUCAGGACCAGAUUAAGCAAAUGCCUUUCAGUAUUGAUAAAAAUAGUGGAACAAUAUUUGUGGUGGGCCCUUUGGAUAGAGAGCAUCAAGACCAUUAUAUUGUAAGAGUUAAUGCCAAUGAUUCAGCCUGGAGUAUCAGUACAGAUGUCACCAUAAUCAUUACAGAUAUCAAUGACAAUAUACCAUUGUUUUCUCAGUCCAACUAUUUUGUAACCAUUCCUGAGACUAAAGACAUGGAUAUGUUCCUGUUAAAAGUCACUGCUAUUGACAGGGACCUUGGACAAAAUGCCCAAAUUCUGUACUUUAUAGAACCACCAAGUGAGAAGUUCUUUGUUAAUAUAUCCGUGGGAGACAUAUUUAUAAAACAACAGAUUUUUAUCAAUGAACAUGAAUCUCAAAGCUUCAAUUUUACUGUUGUUGCUGUAGAUUGUGGCAAUGUACCUUUGAAUAGCUCAGUCACGGUGACAGUAAUGUUUGUUCAGUAUAAUUAUUUUCCACCCUCUUUUCUGCCCUUUAUCCCAAAUUUAUCAAUUCCUUUUACAUUGCCUAUAGGAACAGAGAUUAUUCAGUUAACAGCCAUAGAUCCAGAAUUUCCUAAAAAGAACAAUAGUGUUAAGUACAUCGUCAGUGGAGGAAAUGGAUCAGAUUUUUUUGAGGUGGAACAUUUUACUGGGAAAGUACGACUAAGUAGAACAUUCAGGCAAAGUUUCAGCACUUUCCUCAAUCUUGUAGUUACAGCAAGAGACAGCGGCUUCCCUCCUCUUUCUUCCCAAAUUGAUAUCAACUUAGAAGUAGCACAGGAAAAUUUGUUCACUCCACACUUUUCCGAAAAACACAUUGCAUUUUCUGUCCCUGAAAACCUCCCUUUGGGUUCAGUCAUUGGGAAAAUACAAGCACAAGACCAAGAUGUUGGUUUAAGUGGACUGGUGUCUUACUUGAUUGAGGGUGGAAAUAAGGAUGGACUGUUUUAUGUGGAGCGCCUUUCAGGACUGAUUAAGCUAGCUAAACCACUUGACUUUGAGGCAGAAAAAAAUCAUCACAUUCUUAUCAUUGCCAAAGAUGGAGCCUGGUUUUCAAAGACUGGGAGAAUCAGUGUUACCAUAAAUGUUACAGACAUUAAUGAUAAUCCACCAGUCUUCACGUCUACUGAGUACAUGACUUCUGUCUCAGAAAAUAGUCCAAUAGGCUCUUCAGUGUUUCAGAUAAUUGCCACUGAUAAAGAUUCUGGAAGUAAUGCAGAAGUAACAUAUUCACUAAUAUCAGGACACACAGAUUACUUCUCUUUGGAUUCCAUAAAUGGCACUAUAACCACCCUAGAAAUCUCUGACUUUGAACAACAGCAAAGUUUUGAACUUACUGUCAUGGCCUCUAACUUAGAUAAUCCAGCUUUUUAUGAUAUAGCACAUGUUACCAUUCGGGUGAUAGAUGUCAAUGAAUAUAUACCAAGUUUCCAGAGACAUCUUUACAACUUUUCUGUGCCAGAAACCAUUCCUUUGCAAACAGAGAUUGGACGUGUUGUGGCUACUGAUUAUGACUUGGGGUUUAAUGGUGAGAUUCAUUACUUACUUUUUGGUCAAAGUAAAAAAGCUGGCUUUGUAGUUCAUGAAAGAAGUGGAAAAAUAUACACAUCCAAAGACAUGAGAAAUCAAGGACAAAAUCAUGCCGCUCUCCACAUAAUUGCUAAAAACAGAGGUAGCAUAACCGGCUUCAAUGUUGACGAGGCCCUUGUUCAUAUACAUGUAAUUGAUGAAAAUGAUCCUCCAGAGUUUGAUUCUGCUCUUUACACAGUAAUGAUACGUGAAGAUACUUCAGUUGGGACCUCUAUAGUUAAAGUAGGUGCCUCAGACCAAGAUGUGGUACUGAAAUGGGGCAGGUUCUCCUAUGGCAUUGAGAGUGGAAAUGUUAACAGCUCCUUCAGUAUUGAUCCUGUUGAUGGAAUUAUCACAGUAAACAAUGAGCUGGACAGAGAGUUAUGGCCUUUUUAUAACCUCACAGUUGUUGCUAUUGAUGAGGGCUCACCUCCUGUAACAGGCAGCACAUCUGUGGUUGUUACCAUUAUUGACAUCAAUGAUAAUGCCCCUAGACUUAUAUCCACAGAUGGAUUUGUCAGAGAAAAUCAGCCACAUGGAACAUUAGUGGCUACUCUGACAGCCAUUGAUGAUGAUCUCCCACCAAAUCAAGGUCCUUUCACAUACUGGCUGAUAAGGCCUGCCUUGAGAAACAGUUUUACACUCACAUCUGAUGGAGUUCUCUUCACUUCAAGACCACUGGAUCGUGAAGUCAGUCCUUUUUUUGAUAUACACAUAGUAAUCCAGGAUGCAGGUUCCCCUCCCUUGUCCUCCACCACUAUGUUUCAUGUUAAAGUUCUAGAUGAAAAUGACAAUUCACCGGUACAAAGAAUCAUCAAUAUUUUUGUCAAAUAUUAUGGAACCUUUUUCCAUGGAGGACUAAUUGGUAAUGUGAGACCAGAUGAUUUGGAUGAAUUAGAUGUGUUUAACUGUACCAUUAUAAAUGGACAGAUGAAGAUGUUUAGUUUUCCUUUUGGCAUGUGCGACUUGUGGUCCUCACCAUUUCAAGGAGAGGCAACUCACAAUAUCACUGUUGAAGCAAGCGACCACUUCCACCCUCCAGUAAACAACAGCAUCUAUGUAAAUUAUAAAGGGUUUACCAAUUUGUCACUGGACAAUUGUGUCUUAUUCUAUGUUUCUUUUGCCAAUCUUGAGAACUUUUUGUCACUGAACUACCUUAAGUUUGCGAAAGCUCUGGAUAGCCUUUUUAAUCUGCAAGCAUCAAAGAGCCAUGUAUUUGGAAUGAGGAUACAUGGCAAUGAAACGGUUCUUCUUGCAGCAAUGAAAAGUUAUAAUGGACUUUAUCUGAGUGGAAUAGUGGCAAGUGGUAUCUCACGCAUGCAUAAGAAGUUACUUGAAGUACAGAGCAAUUUGACUAUAUCUCAAAUAACCAGCGACCCCUGCUCACUGAAACCUUGUCAAAAUGGUGCAACCUGUAACAAAAAUAUCCACAUCACUCAAGACAUUGCUGUUCUGGAAAGUUCUCGUCUCAUAUUUGUGUCUCCCCAGUAUGCAGAGGUUUUUAACUGUUCAUGCCCUGCUGGAUUUACUGGAACUAGGUGUGAGUAUGAUGUAGAUGAAUGCUUGGAAAAUCGUUGUGAAAAUGGAGGCAGCUGCUAUAACAACCCCGGAGGAUUUCUGUGCCAUUGCUUGGAGGGAUUCUCUGGACUGCAUUGUUCUAUUGUUGAUAAUGAGUGUCAGAGAGUAGUGUGUUCCAAUGGUGGGACAUGCUGGAACAUACAAGGAGGAUUCUUCUGUGACUGCAGACCUGGCUAUGAAGGAAGAUUUUGUGACUACAUCAUAGAUCAUUGUGCAUCAUCCCCUUGCCGCCAAGGUCAAUGCUCAAAUUUUUUAACAGGGUAUUCUUGUCACUGUCCAUUUGGUGUCACUGGAGUUAACUGUGAAGAGCAUAGUUACGGUUUUGAGGAGUUGUCCUAUUUGGAAUUUCCCCCUUUAAAUCCCAGAUACAAUUUUAUCUCUCUGGAAUUUGCAACGGUGAAACAGAACUCUUUGCUGUUGUACAAUCCGGGAGAACCGUCAUCUUCAGAAUUUUUUGCACUUGAAAUUGUGGAUGGACGACUAUGUCUCUCUUUUGACCUUGGGUCAGGGGUUAUAAGACUGGAAACCGCCAAACCAGUGGCUGAUGGGAGCUUCCACAAUGUCACUAUUAGGAGAAUUGGAAAUAUAGCCUCUUUGGAGGUUGACAGCUGCAGUGCUGAUGAGCCCAGAGAUUAUUGCUUGUCACAACAUGAAGGUAUUGGAACCCAGAGGACUCUGGAUGUUAGAACUAAUAACCUAACACUGGGAAGUGUAAAGUCCAUUGAUGUGAUUUUGCUGAGGCCUUAUCAAGUGAGAACUCAUAACUUUGUUGGAUGUGUGAGAAAUAUGAAGUUGAACGAUGUCUUGCUUGAUACUUCAAAGGCUCUGGCAUCUCACAAAAUACUUGAGACUUGUCCACGGGCAGAUGUAGCUCCAUGCAUCAGCAGUAAAUGUCUGAAUGGAGGUGUUUGCCAUGAUCUCUGGUCCCAUCACUACUGCCAGUGUGCUGAGAAUUUCACUGGACCUAACUGUGAUAGCAAUGUCUCUGAGGAUCAUGGAUUAUUUCUCAGUGAGGGGACAUACAUUGUGUUUGUUGUCAAGGAAAGCUACAUUAGAAAUCAGUUGCUUCAAGCCUUUCUGGAUGAAAAACAUGGAGCCACUCAAGGGUUUGUCAGUUUUGAGAUCAAAAUGAGGACAAUCAAAAAUGACUGUGUUGUAAUUUUUUGUCAAAGCAAAACAGUGCACCUAGAACUUAAGAUACUUGAUGGGAAACCUCUAUACAAAUUCACACAUUUAAUGUCAGGACAACAGUGGGAGCUUGGUGUAGGGACUACUGUGUCAGAUGGACAAUGGCAUGUCCUUCUCUUGCGUAGACAUGGACCAAACAUUAUUUUACUCCUGGAUGAGCAGCUUGUUAAGAAUAUUACCCAUAGCUUCAUUAGCCAAACUUCUGUUUUAGUAGAAAUGAUCAUGUUGGGGUCAGAAGCAUCUGGUGAGUCAAGAGAGCUAGAUUUAGAUUUUGUAGGGUGUGUGGACUACAUCAAACUAAAUGGAUAUAUCCUACCCUUCAAUGGGCACAAUGAGAUAGUAGAGGCAAAACCCAGUCCUUCACUUUUCAAGAAAGACUGUGUGUCUGCAGACCACUGCAUCCUCUCACCUUGCUUUAAGGAAUCCUGCCUGACUCAGUCUUGUAUAAGUAGCAGUGACUGUAUUUCCUCUUCCUCAGAAAAUGGCUGGUGUUUCUGUUUACAAAACGUAUCUUCUUCACCAUGCAGUCCAUGCUCAUCUCACACUGAAUAUAAAGAAGACUGUUUCCAAACUGAGAAAGAUCCUCCCUUAUGGAUCAUUGCUAUUGUAUUUCCUAUAACUCUCAUACUACUAAUCUUAAGCCUCUGCUUUGUACUGAAAAGACAGGGGAUGGUGUGGCACAUCAAACCCAGAACUCAACCUUGUAUCACAGAACCAACUAAGCAGCAUGGCAAAGAUAAUGUGGCAUUCAGUCCUGACGAUGAUGGUGGUGUCCAACACAUUUCUAAUGAGAACAAGAAACCAGAUCUGUUAGUUGCAGGGGAACUUAGGCAGAGAGAUGAAAGCUUUAGUCAUAGCCAUCUUACAGGGUUUGGGGGAAGUGAGCUCGAGUACUAUGAAAUUGACAGUACAUACACAACAUGCUGCUCUAAUAUCAAGCCCCUGCAAAUAAAUACAGAUAGUUAUGAUAGGUUAGGCCUGAUUGGUAGUUCAGGAAAAGAUGCUCCUCCACAAACACAAAAUUCUCAAGUUUCUCCAUCCAUGUGUGAAGAACCAACAACGAUGGAGUCUCAUACCUAUCCUGAAUCGUCAGCGCUUAGACAUGGCAUACUGUAUGCAACAAGAAUGUGUGGUAAGGUGGAUGAUGGGUACAAAAAUCAUCAAGCCCACCAUCUUUCCAAGCUUACCCCUGAACUAUCAGAUCCCCCUCGUUUCCUCUCGGUGGAUGAGGUUAAAUUAUUAAGCAUUCCACUAGGUCAAGCCAAAGUGGGAGAGAGCUCAUCAGAAAGCGACAGCCACAGCUCCUUCACAUGCUCAGAAUAUGACUGUGAGAGAGAACUCUGCUUUAUCAGUGCAAAGGACAAGAUCCACAAGCAUGUGAAAGAAGACUGGUCAAGAGGACAGCUCAUACUGGCUGUUCCAUCACCCUUCAGAGAUGUCCAGACUCCUCCAGAUAGACCUGACUCUGGGAAUAUCCUGCAAUGGGAGAGCAUCCUUGACCUAGGAGUCCAUUUUAAUACAUACUCAGAUGUUUUUGAGGAUAUAGCGAGCCUCCCUGUCAUUCAAAUGCAGGAUUGUGAUGUCCACAGUGAUGAAGAACAUAUUAUUUAAAAUUGUUAUUACCAUAACUAUAAGCCUUUCAGUUUUGGAAGUUUGGAAGUACAGUACAAUGCACUUUUAUGUACAGCAACUGAACAGAUUCAACAUUAACACAGUUUUAAAGAAUGCUUUCUUUCCCCAGAAAAAAGGCACUGUUUCUAUAACAAUUCAGCAUUUGAAAAGAGUACAUCAUAAAUAUGCUCUGGUAGAUUUUAUCUGCUAGAUUGAUCGAUUUCAUUGUAAAGAAAUAAACUAUUAAUCAAGCAAUUCAACUAUAUUAACAUUUUUUCCCUCUAUAUUAACAUUUCUUUAAGCAAACACUGAAUUGUAUAAGGAGACAGGGGGCUCAUUAUUAUAAGGCUCAUUUUUAAAUGAAAGCAUGUGACUUUUACCUCAGGUGAUGAUUCAGAAAAUUAAUUUGAAAGCCCAUGUCCAAUUUCAAACAAUUCAUUCUUUAAAAUUUUCAUAAAUAUAUUUUUUAUAAAUGUGCAAGUAAAUGUGAAUAUGAAAUUAAAUAUUUACAUGUGACUACGAUGUAUGAAAACACUGGGAAAAACAGGGGAAGCAUAAUUCAGCUUCAACAAUAUAUACUAACAAAGUCAAAAUGUGAUCAUGUGAAGAGUUUUCCCAAGCUGUCAUGCAUAUAGGAACAAAAUACACAGACUCUCCUGAAGUUCAUGAAGUUACCACUUGAGGUUACUAUUUCUUUAAAAACAGAACUCCUAGUCCCGUAAUAGAGACAAAUAUACGACAUUGUAGUUCCAAAGUUGACCACAAGAUGCUGCUAAUAUGACUCAAAGUAUAUACAAACAGUGUUGCCAGAUUGGACUGAAGAUUUCCAUCCCAAUUACAGCUUAAAAGCCGCCCAUUUCAAAAAAUACCAGCCCAAAAUGCAUACUGUGAUAACUAAUACAAUAACAAACAGAAAACCCAAAACAAAUGGGUUAAUGCAAAGGGCCCUAUUUAGACACACACACACACAACAUUAGCUACAUGUAUACGCUUUAUUUAAUUAUCAAACAUGACAUCAGAAUUUUAUAGCAGAAUAAUAGUGUAUAAACACGCUUACCUUUUUAUAGGCAGAACGUCUCUUGAAAUAUUAUAGAAUGGAUCGCUCUCCCAUUCUUUUCAGUAGGACUUUCUAUAUUUCCCCAACUUUGGCAUGAUGAUGAUAAUAAAAACACUUACAGCUUUGCUAAUAACUUUGGGAUAUUGGCUUAAUGAGUACAAUGAUUACAACAACCGACCAAUCAAGAUUGAAGUCUGACUGGACAGGACUCUGCUGAACCUUAUUGGCUAAACUAACCCAUAUUAUUUAAGCAUUAACAUUACAUUUUAUACUUCAAUGUAAAGUUCGUUUGAAUGGAAAAUGAAUAAAAUAUCAUGUUUAUAGUCAAAAAUAAAAACUCACCAGUUGCAUCAAAAACCAGCCCAAAUUUUAUCUACCCGCCCAAUUUUUUUCCCAGCUAGAUGUGACCAAAAGGAGCCCAAUUGGGUGGGAACCCACCCAAUCUGGCAACACUGUUAGAAAUAGCUUAAGUGCCCUGUGACUUUAAUCUUUAUUGAAACUAGCGUUUCCAAACAACCCAAAAUGGAUAUGAUAUUAUUUAUUUAUUUAUUUAUUUAUUUUUCAAGAGUCAAGAGGUAUAUUUGAAAGGUCUCCAACUUCAAAUAAAUAAUUAAUAGAAUUCACUGUUUAUACUUACAUAUAUAUUCAUUCAGAUGUUCAAUAUAUUUUUUCACUGGUUUAUUUAUAUCUAUUUAUUACAAGUAUACUGCUGGUACCAUCACACAAAAUCUGUUCUUUGUUGCACUGACUGAAAUGACAAUGUUAAUAGUGAG